AUGUUCUCCGUUCCUGCCGUGUCUUUCCAACAACGGCAAUCUCACAGAACAGCCGAGCAGCAGGCCUCCUCUGCUCUCGGCCUUGGGGCGGUGAACGCCAGGAGGCAUGCAGCUGCACCGACCAUGCGCGUGGAGCGGGGUGCCGGCGGGGAAGUGGGUCCGCUCAAGGCGACCGUCGCGCCACCCGCUACGGAGCAGGAACAAGAGGUUAUGCGGCCCCCAUCCGAAAUCAAGUGGGCAGAGGUGUGGGACACCCUGGUGAAGGACUUCGGCGUGGACGAGUCCAAGUUCGAGGGCUACUCGGCCAUCUCUAAGGAGGAUCAGCUCAAGGGGUACGAGAUGAUGCAGCUGUGCCGCCAGUUCGAGAACGCGUGCAACCAGGCCUACAUGCAGGGGAAGAUCAGGGGCUUCAUGCACCUCGACAACGGCCAGGAGGGCAUCCCGGCCAUGGUUGCCGACAGUCUCGGCAACGGCGACAAGAAGAUGAGCUACUACCGGGAGCACACGCACGCUCUGGCCAGCGGGGUGGACGCCGGGCGCGUGAUGGGGGAGCUGUUCGCGAAGGACGGCGGCACCUGCAGGGGGGCGGGCGGCUCGAUGCACGUCUACGACAAGGACACGCACUUCCAGGGAGGUUGGGCCUUGGUGGCGGAGCAGAUCGCGUACGCGGCCGGCGCCGCCCGGUCCAUCCUGAUGGACAGGCAGCUUGACCCUGAGGGAAUGAAGGACGAUGACCGGCUGACCAUCGUGUUUCUCGGGGAAGGGGCGGCGCAGAACGGCCGCAUGGCGGAGACCCUCAACGCCGCCGCGAAGGAGAAGCUUCCGCUGCUCUUCCUCGUGAUCGACAACGGCCGCGCCAUCAACACCUUCACGCCCGACGUGGCCGCAAACUCGGACGUUUUCGCGCAGGGGAAGCACUACGGGGUGCCCGGGGUUAACGUGGACGGGCAGGACAUGCUGCAGAUGCUCUCCACCGGCAGGGCCGUGACGGACUACGUCAGGAAGAACGGGCCCGCCAUUCUUCAGGUCCAAACCUACCGCUUCUCCGGCCACUCCCCCGCCGACCCCGAGCACGAGAGGGGCCGCAAGCAGGAGAAGCGCUGGGCCAGGGCUACGCAGGAUCCCCUGGCCAUCUACGAGUCGGAGGCGCUCGAAUUUGGCAUUACCAAGGAAGAGCUGGAUGCCGCUAAGAAGAGGGCGGGAGUCACCGUCAAGGCCGCCGUGGAGUUCGCGGACGCGUCCCCGCCCCCUCCGGCCUCUCUCGCCAAGGAGCUGGAGUACCCCGACUUGCCCUCCACGGACUACAACCUGAAGGCACCGCCCGCCAACGCGGAGGAGGUCAACGCUAGGUCACUGCCGCCGCACUCCAGGGCCGAGGCUGAGGCGCACUGUGCCAUGCUCGAGGGCAAGGCAAACAAGGGACAGAUCACCAUCGGUGACGCCAUCAACCUGGCCAUCCUGGAGGAGAUGCUGCGCGACCCCAUGACCACCAUCCACGCCGAAGACCUCCAGGCCGGUUCUUCGUACGACAUCCCGAAGAAGCUGCAGGAGGUGUUCGGGUCCCUCCGUGCUGCUGACGAGAUCAUCGACGAGGGACACAUCAUCGGAAAGGCGCUCGGUGAGGGGAUGAACGGCUACCGGCCCAUCGUCGAGCUCAUGAACACCAACUUCGGCAUCUACGGCAUGGCCGAGCUCAGCAGCGCCGGCAACACCUACGCCACCACCGGCGGACAGUUCGACAUGCCCAUGACCAUCAUCGGGGCGGGGGGUACCGCUCCCAACCAGUCCCUCGGUGCCGAGCACUCGCAGCCCUUCCACGCGUACGUGAUGGGGAUCCCGGGGCUCAAGAUCUGCACGGCCGCUUCCCCGGAGGCGGCGUACGGGAUCACCAAGUCCAUGAUCCGCGACAACGGGCCGGGCAUCCUCUUCUGCCCGGUGAAGAUGAUGAAGGGCGUCAAGGGGGAGCUCGAGCUGGGCAAGUGCCUGCCGAUGAAUAAGGCGGCCGUGCUGCACGCUGCUUCGGAAGACGCGGUCGCUAAGGGAACGGCGGUAACGGUUCUGACCUACCUACACGGAGUCAAGGAGGCGCAGGACUCGAUUGACGCCAUCGUGGCGGGCGGCGCGGACAUCGACCUCAUCGAGCUCCGGACACUGAAGCCGCUCGACUUGGAGACGAUUGGGAUGUCCCUUCGACGCACGCACAAGGUGGCUAUUCUUGACGAGAGCACCCGGUCAGGCGGAGUGGGAGCGUCGAUCUCGGCGAUAGUGUCGGAGGAGCUAUACGACGAGCUUGACGCCCCGGUGAGGCGUCUUUGCAUGGACGACGCCCCCGUCCCCUACGCGUCCAGCAUGGAGAAGGCGGUGGUGAAGCGAGGGGAGGACCUGAUCGCCGCCGUCCUCGACCUAGCGAGGAACGCCUGA